AUGCCCACCGCUGACUCCACUGAGUUCAGUACCUCCACGUCUGAGCAACCACAGAGUCACUUCCUCAGCAUCCCACCAGAAGUCCGUCUUCACAUCUAUGAGCACGUCCUCGAAAAUUUCUCGAUCAACGAUCUACCCACUCCAGCAUCCAGUCAAGAGCCAGCCCUCCUGAACGUCUGCAGGCUCAUGCGGGGAGAAAGCGUCUACAUCUUCAAUGCACGCUUGACCGAUAUCCUCGACGAGCGGCGUGCUGCUCAAUCCGCCGUGAGGUCAUAUGCGGAAGAAGUAAAAGCCGCGCUCGACGAUGGCAACAUCCUCAACAUCGUUACCAGACUCGAGAUCCGUGACGCAUUGAACCUUUUCCAGUCCACCAGCCAAUACCUUGACGAUACUCGCGAUACCGUCGAGUGCUUCCGCAGCAGGCUGAGGAAGGAGGGAUCUCGAGUCUGA